GGGCCGGGCUGGGCCAGCAGCGGAGGAACGGGAGAGAAACAUCUGGAUCGAAAGGGAAUAAUGUCGGAUUACAGGGGGCUCCUCGAGCGUCUCUCCUCCUGCUGUUCACUUGGCUUUCUCUUGAGAGAGAAAUAAAUAGGCUACUCGAAAUUCCUCCGGGUAUUUUUGAACAAGAAAAGCGUGGGGCAGAAACUGUCAAGCAGGAAUCUGCCUUCACCAUGGAUCAGUCCGUCGCAAUCCAAGAAACUUUGGAGAGGGAAGAAAACUGCAUCAUUGCUGUCCAAUGUGAUGUCCUCUUUGAUAAGAUUACAGAGAGCAGAUUGCUGGGAUUGGUUGAGUCUUCAGAAGAACAUGCACUCUUUAUUUAUACUCAUCGAAGGAUGGCCAUUACUGCUGAUGAUGUGUCACUGGAGGACAUCAUACCCGUCUCCCUUGACUUUGCUGUUGUGGAGGUUUCCUCACCAGAGGAACUUGCAGUUGUGGGGGCUGAUACCAGGGUGAGAAUAAGCUACCAGGAAGAAGCGUUAGAGCUCAGACUUCCUUUUGGGUCUCAUUCGCGGCUCUUUCUCAGCGAGGUCAACAGGGCCUGGAGUGAUGUUUGCAAGUCUCCCACACAGGUACCCAAGUUUCAGUGGAUCAACAAGUACCACAAAACCACUAAAGGCCAGGGAGUUGUCAAACAGGCCCUUGCACCCCUCAGCACAACACUCAGUAAACUCAAUCAGCAACGGAAAACAGAGAAAUCAUCCGACAAAAAGGGAAGUAUAGAAAGGGAGAAAGGUUCCAACGGUGGCACACAGAAGUCCAAAGUGUGUUCUAGCCCGGAGAGUCAGGGCAUCUCAAGUCGAGACGACCGGAAUGACCUGGUGCGCUCGUCCAGCCACACCCCGUCUAACAAAGCUCAGAUACUGGCCAUGCCGCAGUUCAACCUGCGUGACAACCUUAUCAAGUGUGAGCUCCUGAAGAAUGAGGACAUUUACACUUACCUGGAGAACUUCAGCUUUUUCCUUGGCACGUACAAUGUGAAUGGACAGACACCAAAGGAGAGCCUCAGUCCUUGGCUGAGCUGCACUCCCGACCCUCCUGACAUGUACUGCGUGGGUUUCCAGGAGCUCGACCUCAGCAAAGAGGCUUUCUUCUUCAAUGACACCCCCAAAGAGCUGGAGUGGACAAAGGCUGUGUCCAAGGCCUUGCAUCCAGAUGCCAAGUAUGCCUUAGUGAAGUUGGUGCGUCUGGUGGGCAUCAUGCUGCUCUUCUAUGUGAAGAAGGAGCAUGCAGAGUUCAUCUCUGAUGUGGAGGCUGAGACUGUGGGCACUGGCAUCAUGGGAAGGAUGGGAAACAAGGGGGCUGUGGCAAUCCGUUUUCGCUUCCACAACUCUGAUAUCUGUGUGGUCAACUCUCACCUAGCUGCCCACAUUGAAGAAUAUGAGAGACGUAAUCAAGACUACAAGGAUAUUUGCAGCCGUCUACAAUUCCGACAGCUUGAUCCCACCCAGCCUCCUCUCAUUAUCAUGAAGCAUGAUGUGGUUUUAUGGAUUGGAGAUCUCAACUACAGAAUCAGUGACCUUGACGUUGACAAUGUGAAGGAGCUAAUCAGCAAGAAGGACUUUGAAACACUGCACAGUUAUGAUCAGCUCAAGAGGCAGAUUGACGAGAAGGCUGUGUUUGUUGGCUUUGUGGAGGGUGAGAUUGAUUUCCAGCCCACCUACAAAUAUGACACCGGCUCUGACAUGUGGGAUACGAGUGAAAAAUGUCGCGUUCCUGCGUGGUGUGACCGUAUCCUGUGGAGAGGGAAAAAUGUAGUGCAAGAACAUUAUCAGAGUCACAUGGCUCUGAAGACCAGUGACCACAAACCAGUCAGUUCCCUGCUUGUCACUGGGAUCAAGAGACUAAAUGCUGAGGCUUAUAAGAAGACCUUUGAAGAGAUUGUUCGCAAUAUUGACAAAAUGGAGAAUGAGUGUAUUCCGUCUGUAUCCUUGUCCGAGCGUGAGUUCCACUUUAAGGAUGUGAAGUUCAUGCAGCACCAAGCAGAGACAUUGAGCCUCUUUAAUGAUGGCCAGGUCCCAUGUCAGUUUGAGUUUAUCCAGAAGCCAAACGAGCCCACAUACUGCAAGCCCUGGCUCACGGCCAACCCCCCCAAAGGCUUCAUUGCUCAGGGUGCUUCUGUGGACAUUGAGCUUGAGGUUUUUGUAAACCGCUCGACAGCACCUGAACUUAACUCUGGCAAGCAACAGAUCGAAGACAUCCUGGUGCUCCACUUGGAGCGUGGCAAGGACUAUUUCAUCUCUGUGACAGGAAACUACCUGCCCAGCUGCUAUGGCACCUCCAUCUAUUCAUUGUGUCACCUGAGGGAGCCCAUCCAGGACAUGCCGCAAGAGACUCUUCAUAAACUGGCGGAGAUGUCUGGAGAUGAGAAUGCAGCAAACACUGAAAAGCCUCUAGACAUUCCUAAAGAACUCUGGAUGAUGGUGGAUCACUUGUUCCGUAAUGCAAUAAAACAGGAAGACAUAUUUCAGCAACCAGGGCUCCGGAGUGAAUUUGCAGAAAUAAGGGAUUGCCUUGACACUGGCAUGCCAGAUUCUCUUCCGGGAAGUAACCACUCAGUGGCAGAGGCCUUGCUCCUCUUCCUUGAUGCCCUCCCAGAACCUGUGGUUCCCUACUCCUUUUACCAGCAGUGCCUAGAAAGCUGCUCCAAUGCCAGUCAGUGUGAGAAAGUUAUUUCCAUGCUACCUCAGUGCCAUCAAAAUGUGUUCAACUAUUUAGCUGCCUUUCUCCGUGAGCUGUUGAAGAAUUCUGCUAGCAAUCGAUUAGAUGUCAACAUCUUGGCCACCAUUUUUGCCUCUUUGCUCCUGAGAUCACCUACGAAGCAGGAUCUUGCAGAAAAGAGGAAGACUCAGGAGUUCUUUCAGCACUUCCUCAUCCAAGGCUCCUCCUAGAUGGAGGACUUCUUCCUCUUGUCCUUCAUGCUGAAGCUGAACACUAAAAAAUGUACAGUCCAGUAUUUGAACAGCAAUUAUUUCUUAUAUUCUUAUGUGGGUCUUUGUAUCGAUAUAGUAUUACUUAAAGUGGCAGUUCUUAUCUGAUAUUAGUAUGUUCUAAAGCAAUGUUUGUGAUCUGUCAAUGAACAGAGUUUAUUGUAUUUCGCUGAGCAUCUGUAGAGACCUAAUAAUUUUUAAUGUAUGUAUAUUUUAUUUAAAAAAAAUAGUUUGUAUUUUGAUGUUUCUGAUCUCAAUUGCAUAUUGUUUUAUAUAUAAAACUGUUGGAAACAA